AUGACGCUACGGACGAACGUGAACGUUAUGCCAGUUGCACCGCUGUCUUUGACAGGCUCGCGUGACUCAUACAGCGCAACACUCGGCCACUGUCUUAAAGCUUCAGCUGGGAGUAAAACGCUCUGUGGACCUGGUGUGUCUACGAUGCCUAAUCAGCAGAAGAGGAGGAAAAGGAAAAAUGGAAUACCAGCACGGUGGCUGGACUACUGUCCUAUUGGGCAGAGGAUACCAGGAACAAGAUUCAUUGCCUUUAAAGUGCCUUUGAAACCUUCUCUGAACUGUCGCGUUCCUAAAGCUCACUCCUUUGGCCUCUGGGACCUGCUGGACUCUGUGGAAAGUCAGAACCAGGAGUUGGGUCUGAUCAUCGACCUCAGCUUCACCACCAAGUACUACAUGCUGACAGAUGUCCCGCAGUCCUGCUCUUACUUCAAGAUCUUCAUUCAGGGGCACCACAUUCCCUCUGAUGCUGCCAUUCUGAGCUUUAAGCGUGUGGUUAGGCGCUUCCUGAAGGAGAACCAGGACAAUGACAAGCUGAUCGGAGUCCACUGCACCCACGGCCUGAACCGCACCGGUUACCUGGUCUGCAGGUACCUGAUUGACGUGGACGGGCUGGCCCCCCCCGCGGCUCUCGAGCUCUUCAACUCCUGCAGAGGUCACUGCAUUGAGAGGCAGAACUACGUGGACGACCUGCAGAGAGCCCCCAAGAGAAGCAACGUCGGCAUGGACGGGUCAAAGGAGGAGGCCAUCAGGGGGCUCGCUGUCCAGAGACCCCCGCCGAGAGAGGAGGGGCAAGUCUCACAGACCACCACUGGCAAACAGGAGUAA